AUGAACAUCGCAUCGCAUCACAUUACACACAGCUCACGGUGUCUCUUUGUCCUGUCUCUCUGUCCAUGUCUAAGUGCCGUCUGCUUGGAGAGAGCGAACAAGCGACAUCUAGAAGAUACUAGACCGCACAUGUAUCUACCGUCGCAAUUGAUGUUUCUCCUGCUGGCCAUGGCGGUUAAGAUACUUUUCCGUAUCCCCACUGGUACCGGUAUUCCCCCAUCGACAUCAUUCAACACAGGUUCCAGCAUCCCCCGACGGAUGUGA